AUGUACCAGAGCCUGGCCAUGGCGGCCAACCACGGCCCCCCUCCCGGGGCCUACGAGGCGGGCGGCCCUGGCGCCUUCAUGCACAGCGCGGGCGCUGCGUCCUCGCCAGUCUACGUGCCCACGCCGCGGGUGCCCUCCUCUGUGCUGGGCCUGUCUUAUCUCCAGGGCGGAGGCGGGGGCGCCGCGUCCGGAGCCACCUCCGGCGGCAGCUCCGGUGGGGCCCCGUCGGGUGCCGGGCCCGGAACCCAGCAGGGCAGCCCGGGCUGGAGCCAGGCGGGAGCCGAGGGAGCCGCCUACACCCCCCCGCCUGUGUCGCCGCGCUUCUCCUUCCCGGGAACCACUGGGUCCCUGGCAGCCGCCGCCGCCGCCGCCGCGGCCCGGGAAGCGGCGGCCUAUAGCAGUAGCGGCGCAGCGGCGGGUGCGGGCCUGACGGGCCGCGAGCAGUACGGGCGUGCGGGCUUCGCAGGCUCCUACUCCAGCCCCUACCCCGCCUACAUGGCCGACGUGGGCGCGUCCUGGGCCGCGGCCGCCGCCGCCUCCGCCGGUCCCUUCGACAGCCCGGUCCUGCACAGCCUGCCCGGCAGGGCCAACCCCGCUGCCCGACACCCCAAUCUCGAUAUGUUUGAUGACUUCUCGGAAGGCAGAGAGUGUGUCAACUGUGGGGCCAUGUCCACCCCGCUCUGGAGGCGCGACGGGACGGGGCAUUACCUUUGCAAUGCCUGUGGCCUCUACCACAAGAUGAACGGCAUCAACCGGCCCCUCAUCAAGCCUCAGCGCCGGCUGUCCGCCUCCCGCCGAGUGGGCCUGUCCUGUGCCAACUGCCAGACCACCACGACUACGCUGUGGCGCCGCAACGCCGAGGGUGAGCCGGUGUGCAAUGCCUGCGGCCUCUACAUGAAGCUCCACGGCGUCCCAAGGCCUCUUGCAAUGCGGAAAGAGGGGAUUCAAACCAGAAAACGGAAGCCCAAGAACCUUAAUAAAUCUAAGACACCGGCAGGUCCCUCGGGCGGUGAGAGCCUGCCUCCCACCAGCAGCGCUUCCAGCAACUCCAGCAACGCCGCCACCAGCAGCAGCGAAGAGAUGCGCCCCAUCAAGACAGAGCCCGGGCUGUCGUCCCACUACGGGCACAGCAGCUCCAUGUCCCAGACGUUCUCAGUUAGUGCGAUGUCUGGCCACGGGCCCUCCAUCCACCCAGUCCUCUCGGCCCUGAAGCUCUCCCCGCAAGGCUACGCGUCUUCCGUCAGCCAGUCACCGCAGGCCAGCUCCAAGCAGGACCCUUGGAAUAGCCUGGCCUUGGCUGACAGUCAUGGGGACAUAAUCACUGCAUAAUGUCACCUCCUUCCCUCCUCAG